GUUGCGUAAGUUUAUUAUUUAACAACCACUUUCAAUGUCCUUUGGGAACUAGGUGCCUCAGUAAAAUGGCAACGGUGGGAAACCGGGUGGCACGUCAGGCCUUUCUAAAGGCCAAAACUGUCCAAAAUUCAACACAGGCGAAUUUUGGCAGUUUUAAUAACUCUCCUAAAGGAUUUAAAAUGCUUGGUUUAAUAGCUGGUACAACUGCAGUGGUAGGAGGCAUUGGAACUUACAUCGCUGUCAAGGGUGCAGUCAACGCUGGCACAGAACUUAUGCUUCACCCUCCCAAGUACCCAUGGUGGCACAGGGGCUGGUUUACAGAGAUUGACAAGAAAAGUGCACGCAGAGGAUACAUGGUCUACAAACAGGUCUGCUCUGCCUGCCACAGUCUGAACCGAGUCCGAUUCCGUGAAAUGAUAGGAAUUAUCUUCACGGAGGAAGAGGCUAAAGCAGAGGCCGCUGAGUAUCAAAUCAUUGAUGGAUAUGAUGAGAACAACAUGCCAAUUAAACGCCCAGGGAAAUUAUUUGAUGCCAUCCCAAGUCCAUAUGAUAACCAAAUACAGGCUGAGAAUGCCAACAAUGGAGUUGCUCCCCCUGACCUGUCAUAUGUUGUCUUGGGACGAGAAGGUGGAGAGGACUACAUUUUCUCACUAUUAACGGGUUAUCAUGAACCACCUGCUGGGGUGAAGCUUCCUGAAGGGGUCCACUACAACCCCUACUUCCCAGGGGGACUUAUUGCCAUGGCUCAAGCCUUGUACGAUGAAAUCAUUGAGUAUGAAGAUGGUACACCCGCCACUCAGAGUCAGCUAGCUAAGGAUGUAACCACUUUCCUUACCUGGGCAGGAGAGCCGUAUUAUGAUUCCAAGAAGGCAUUAGAAUUUAAGGCUUAUAUACUACUCGGAAUGCUGUUUGUUGGAUCCUACUACUUCUACAGAAGAACUUGGAGUUCUUUAAAACACAAGCUGGUAGUUCCAAACUACAGCAAGCCUAAAAAGGAUGUAUUAAGGGCCAAGAGGCCUGGAAAACCUAAAGGAGCACCCCGAUCAUAACCGUUAAUAUGGGGGCUGUGACCAACUGGUAUCUGUGACUGGACAACUGAGAGAAUAGACUUGAUGAAAAGGAAUAUUUAUAAAAGCAAGAGAAAUUGAUUAUUGAAGGGUGGCGUUUUUUUUCUGUUUCAUUCAGCUGUGUUAUUGAUAGGGAUCUGUGACAGGAAAAAUAAAUUUUUAAAUGUUGAAA